AAAAACCCUCAGAUUUUGCAACCCUAUCAAUAGUAAAAUGGGAAAGAGUUGUCUUGUGACUACUUUUCUCUCGCUUCUCCUUCUCUUCCUUCAAACCCCUAAAUAUGUUAAUGCCAGUUUCAGCUGCUACGGUGACUUUUUCAAUUUUAACUACGGCGUCAGUCGAGACUCCCUCUUCUCUUCCCUUCCUUCUAACGUCGUUGCAAACGGCGGUUUCUACAACGCGUCCUUUGGCAGAGAAUCCAAAGACAACAGAGUCCACGUUGUUGCCUCAUGCAGACGAGGCUACGAGAAGCAAGCUUGCAAGACAUGUCUCGAACAUGUGAUUGACGACACCAAAUCAAAGUGUCCUAAUCAAAAAGAGUCUUUCUCCUGGGUCACUGAUCAAUCCGACGACGUUUUAUGCUCUCUACGUUACACCAACCGCUCAACUUUUGGCAAACUGGAGCUCUCUCCAGUUGUUAUCAACGCUAACCCAAACAGUAUAAAUUCAUCCAUAUCCCAGAACAUGACCUUGUUCAGCCAAGAAUGGAUUGCAGUGGUUAACCGGACGCUCGAGGCCGCUUCCACCGCUGAGACUUCCUCAGUGCUCAAGUACUAUAACGCCACAAAAACAAAGUUCACACAAAUUCCAGAUGUUUACGCGUUGAUGCAAUGCACGCCUGACCUAUCGCCAGGCGACUGCAAGAGAUGUCUAAGAGAGUGUGUGAAUUACUUUCAAAGCCAGUCCUGGGGAAAACAAGGAGCUGGGGUUAGUCGGCCUAGCUGUUAUUUCCGGUGGGAUAUUUAUCCUUUCUAUAAAGCUUUUGAUAAUGUUACAAGAGUUUCUGCUCUUCCUCCUCAAGCUUCUUCGACUAUGCUCAAUUGCGUGAAAGACAAGAAAAGUUUUCAAGGAAGCAAAAUUGCAAUUAUUGUGGUCCCAACGGUUAUCAAUCUCUUCGUAUUUGUGGUUCUAAUACUUUCUUGGAAGAGAAAGCCGUCACACACCGGAAUCAAUGAGGCUUUUGAUUGGAAUGAUGGUCAAUCUAUGGUACGUUUUGAUCUUGGUAUGAUCUUAUUGGCAACCAAUAACUUCUCUCUAGAAAAUAAGCUUGGCCAAGGUGGAUUUGGAUCUGUCUACAAGGGAAUAUUACCGAGUGGGCAAGAGAUAGCGGUAAAGAGAUUAAUAAAAGGUUCAGGGCAAGGAAAUAUGGAGUUCAAGAAUGAGGUCUUACUCUUGACAAGGCUCCAACAUAGGAAUCUGGUCAAGCUUCUUGGGUUUUGUAAUGACAAAGAUGAAGAGAUUCUUGUCUACGAGUUCGUCCCCAAUGCAAGCCUUGACCGCUUCAUAUUUGAUGAAGAAAAACGCCGGAUUCUGACAUGGGAUGUGAGGUACAUAAUCAUAGAAGGAGUUGCGAGAGGGCUUCAAUAUCUCCAUGAAGAUUCUCAGUUGAGGAUUAUUCACAGAGAUUUGAAGGCAAGCAAUAUCCUUUUAGACGCAGAUAUGAACCCUAAGGUUGCAGACUUUGGGAUGGCGAGGCUGUUCAAUAUGGAUGAGACUCGAGGACAGACAAGCAGAGUAGUUGGAACAUACGGAUAUAUGGCUCCAGAAUACGCGACAUACGGACAAUUCUCAGCUAAAUCGGAUGUUUAUAGUUUUGGUGUGAUGCUGCUAGAGAUGAUAUGUGGUAAAACCAACAAAAACUUGGAAAAGGAAGAAGAGGAAGAAGAAGAGCUUUCAGCUUUUGUGUGGAAGAGGUGGACUGAAGGAAGAUUUGAAGAAAUCAUUGAUCCUUUGGCUGCUCCGAGUAACAACAUCUCAAUAAACGAAGUAGUGAAGCUCAUCCACAUAGGUUUGUUGUGUGUUCAAGAGAAUGUUUCCAAAAGACCUAGCAUGACUUCAAUCCUCUUUUGGCUUGAAAGACACGCUAACACCACCAUGCCUGUGCCCACACCUGUUGCUUUUUUUACACGGCCAUCACCCUCACCAUCACCAUCACCAUCACCAUCCUCGUCACUGUGAUGCUUAUGAGCACUUAAGCAUGUAUGUAUUAUACCACGUUGUCUGUCUCUGUAUUCUGUACAAUGGCAGAUAUUGAGCAAAAGAUGCCGUGUAGUAUAAGCAAAUUUAUGUUUAUUUUAGUGGUAACGAGUUAUGCGUUCUUAUUUUUAGUUAACAUGGUUAAGAGUAAGACAACGUACUUUUCAAAAGUUGUCGAAAACUUAUAUUAUAAAAAGGUUUGAUUAAUAAGACUCUCCUAAUAUUAAUCAAAAUUUUUUUGUGGGAAGUUGCGCGUGUGGAUCUCACUCGCGGCGAUUUCUCUCUCAAACCACCUU